CGUAAAGUUUUUGGGCAGGAGUGUUUAACCCACACGCUUGAGCGAUUCACCGUCAGAGUUCUGCUUUGGUCCCGCAAGAUCACCUCUUUAUUUUGAAGAUAUCAGGACAGACCAAAAGAGGACUUUGUACAUUUGCUGGCCACCUAUGACACCUAGGAGUUAUGCCUUGGAUUGCGUGGACAUCCUCCCCCCACUUACCUCAAAACUUCCUCUCCCAUUUCCAAUAAAUUAUCUGCCUCUGUCUCUUGGCCCUUCAACUCUCACCCUCACAAGCUACUCAUCUAUGUACUGAUGGAGUCCACGCUCUCUUCAGAUGAGUUCUCCUCUCCUGACAUGGCUCCAAAAAAGAAAACAUUGGAGGUUUCCUCUGAACCUUCAUCUGAAUCAUCAGCACUUCCCAACCUUGCUUCCGCUGGCCCAGACUGUCACAACACCACACCCUCCACUGAUUCUUCCCAACCUACCACAAGGAGAAGAACCUUUGCCUCUGUAGCCCAACGAGUGAUCAUACAGGAAAGACUCAGAAAAGCAGAAGAGGAAGAUGAUGCAGAUGAAGAAGAAGAUGAAGAACCAGAGGAAGACCUAUCGAAAGACCAGAUGGAAGAGAAAGCCAAAGCGGGUGAUGCCAGAGCUCAGACUCGGCUGGGUCAACACUACUUGAUUCUUGCCGAAGAAGAGGAUGAAGAUCUAAAUAAUCGUCUGGCUGUUAAUUGGUUGGUAAAAGCGGCAAAACAGGGAAGAAAGACUGCAGCAAGGGACUUGCAGCGAUGCUGGAUCCGUAAAAUAGGAAUCACCGCAGAGAACGAGGAAGAUGUUCGAAAACUGUCAGCAGAGACUAAAUUUGAGAGGGCGGUGCGUAAAGCGGCCAUGAUGAUGUACUGGAAGCUUAAUCCAGAGAAGAAAUCCAAAGUGGCCAUGGCUGAGAUGCUGGGGAAUGUCAGCCAGGUCAACAAAGGACUGGGGGACACCGCAAAAAGGAUAUCUGGCCCCACCUCAGACGAGACUCAGAAAAUACUGGAAAACAUGGUCAGCAAUGAGCCCAAUCAGAUGGUGGACUUGGACGACUUUGUCGAGAUGACUAAAAAUUACGCUGGCGGUAUUGUUUCGUCAUCAUCUGAGGCUGAAAAUCCUGAUGCCACGGAGGCUGAGCUGCCCUCCUCAGAAGACAAUCCGCUGCAUAGAGGCUCUUGGGCUUUUGGCAGGAGGGGAAUGUUGCUGGACACAAAGCAUACUGUCGCCAUUAAAAAAGCAAUGGCUAUGAAAUCACACUUAAUGAUGCUUCACUAUCCGGUUGAUACUGUGAUGGAGAUGAAGGAGCACCUAGUGGACUGGGCGUCGCGGGCCGGCGUCCAAUGGCUGAGCACCAUCAUCCCCACGCAACAUGUCAACACGCUUAUCUUCUUCUUCAUCAUCAGUAACCUCACCGUUGACUUGUUUGCCUUUGUCAUCCCGCUAUUGGUCUUCUAUCUCUCCUUCAUCUCCAUGAUUAUUUGCACACUGCGUGUUGUUCAGAGUAGUAAGACUUGGGAGAACUUUCGAGCUCUGACGUCUCUCUUGACUCGCUUUGAACCUGGCCUGGAUGUCGAGCAGGCAGAGACCGAUUUUGGUUGGAAUAACCUGGAGCCGUACCUCUACUUCAUAUUCUCUGUCUUCUUCGUCAUAUUCUCCUUCCCCGUUGCUGACAAGGGCUGGAUCCCUUGCUCAGAACUCUCCACGGUGGCCAUCUUCUUUACGGCCGUCAGCUACCAUAGCCUCAGUCCCAUGGCUACCACAUAUGCACGACGAGCAAUGAUCAUAGAGGUUGCGUCAUCACUUUGUGGCCUGACUCAGCUUCUCCCUGAAAACAUGACAUUGCUUGGCAUCUUGGGACGUACGUUUGCAACUCUGCCUCUAGGGGAGUCUUUGGUACUGCAGCUCAGUAUUCCCUGCUUGCUGUAUGUUUACCUUUUUUACCUGUUCUUCAGAAUGGCCAGAAAACGAGGCUUCCGGGGGACAUACUGCAUCUUGGUACCCUACCUCGUGUGUUUCAUGUGGUGUGAAUUCUCAGUGGUGCUCCUCCAGAAUUCCACGGCUGUGGGUAUAAUUCGCACCUGUGUGGCCUAUUUCCUCUUCCUGUUCGCUCUGCCUGUUCUGGCAGUGGGCCUUGCCAUCAUGCUCUUAAUCCAGCUCUUCAAGUGGUUCCUGGAGCUGGAGCUCACCAAGAUGAUUGUUACUUUAGUCAUAUGCGCCAUCCCCGUCAUCCUCCGGCUUUGGACCCGGUUCAGCACGUCUAUUCUGGAUGUUUUCCGCUCGGCGACGCGCCGUGGCCCUGUUAAGCUCAUUUUACUUUGUAUCUCCAUGGUGACCCUCUUCUUCUCCAUCUAUGUGUAUCACGCCGAAGGUCAGAAAGUCUACAACUCCACCUUGACGUGGGAUCAGUACAGUCAGGUGUGCGGACCUCCUGCCUGGCAAUCCAAAGGUAUGGCCAAGACGCAGAUCUUCUGUAGCCACCUUCAGGGACACAGGGUGACCUGGACGGGUCGCUUUAGGCAGGUCACUGUGGCCGAGACGGAGAACGGGGCGCAGUCUGUCAUUAAUAUGUUGCCGGUGUUUCUCGGGGACUGGCUGCGAUGCCUCUACGGGGAGACGUACCCGAAAUGUGAGCCAAAGAAUGUGACCAUUUCUAGCUCUACGCCAGGUGAGGUCUCAUUGCCAAUGCUCCUACGAAUGCAAGAAGAGGAGGAGAUGUGUCAGAUCAAGGCUCUGGCCAAACAUACCUGUCACGUUAAGCGCUUUGACAGCUACCGCUUCCAAGUGACUGUAGGGAUGAUUAGGAAUAACAGCACAGAGGCCGAUGACCAAGGCAGGGAUAUCGUGCUUAUGGCCAGUCAUGAAUUCCGACAGGUCCUGCUCAACCUGGAACCGGGUAAUAUGGUGGAGUUCUGCACCAAACUGGAGGGCCGUCUCGGAGCUAAGGCCCCGGCUUUGGAAUUGAAGGCUAUCAACUGUCUGGACUGUGUUUCCCCACUGUUGCCUGGAGGCAGGCAAGUAAAAAUAGAGAGGGACUGGAGACGUACCACAAUGCGAGCCUUGAAUUUCGCAUUUGAUUUCUUCUUUUCUCCCUUCCUGUCAGCGAAAAUCACUGGCUGAGAAGAGACCUAAAACAAAGGCAAAACUGCAGAGUUGUCUUGUUCAAUCUUAUUUUAACUUCAGAGCCACCUUGAAUUUAUUUUCGUGAUGACGUUCACCCAUGUCAACCAAAAGUGAUACGAGUAACGUUUACCUUAGAAUGUGAAUACAGCAAUUAGUUUUUUACUCAUAAUUUUGGUGGUGCCAAACAGGAAAGCUGCGGUAUUUACACUCUGGGAUUUGUAAAGAGUGGAAAUUUAACACAUCAUUGAAGUCACUUAUGCAAACCACUGCACUACCAAUAAACUGGAUCACAUGUAUUUUUAUUACCAUUUAUAAUGGGUAAAUGAAAAGAAACCUAAUUGGGUGUUAUCUUAGAUUUUGUAAAGUAAGCGAUGGCAUCUGUAGAUCAACUGGUCUUUAAAACUUCAGGGACUAUUAUCUGAUGUCCAAAUGAUCACAAUGCCACAUGCUUUAUGAACAUGGGAAACCAUGUAAAAAGAUGUAGUAUUUUAACUUUGAGUGUAUCAAAUAUUUUGGCACAUAAAGUAGAAGAUUUAUCGAGUUUUGCUGUUUACAUUAUACAUGCAUCGUGUCUUAUCUGAUGAUGUACGAUACCAGGUAUGUCGCUUAAUCAGAAAAUUUAAUUAACCAGAGGAGGAAUGGUUUCAUACACAUUUUAGAGGAAGCAUACCAGCCAAAAUGUGUAAUGUUUUUUUUUUUCUAUUUCAUUAUUUAUUAUUUAAAGGAGGAAGUAUUCUUUUUUGGCCUUGUGUAUGUUGCAAUCUAAUAUAUUGUGAGGUAUACUCUACAUGGGUGCAUGAUGGAUGUGUAGCAAUCACUGGUACUUCAUCUGUACACUGUGUCCUCUUUUAUCCAAGCAAUGCUAUUUAUGGGCCUAUGCGAUGAAUAUGAAAGUGCCUGGCCGUCAUUUUACUUACGAGUAAAUGUGGUUUACAUUUCUGGUACCACC